AUGGUUCACCCCGAUAAUAUCUCAAAAGAAUUAGUUUCUACAAACGAUGUUUCUCUGAAUGUUCAAGGGGUUGUCGUAAAGGUGGUAGAUGAUGGUGAUUACUUUAAUAACAAACAAGAGUUUGAUGAUCGUGAUAGCAGGCUCACAUGGAUUCGUAUGAAUGCAACUAGCCUUAGUUUUGGUGUGGUAAUAGGAAGAUUGGAUAAUGGUUUGAAAAGAAGAAACACUUUCGUAACAAUAUUGUGCGAAAGAAGCGGGAAAUGCCAUACUCCUCUAUGGAAGUUUAAAACAGACGACACGGGUAUUAGAAAAUGUGAGUGUCCAUUUAAAAUUCAUGGUUAUAUGUUGGCUAGCAAAAAGUGGAAAUUUAGUGUUAUUUGUGGUUUACAUAACCAUGAAUUAUGCAUAAAUUUACAAGGUUAUCUUAGUGUAUGUCGGCUCAAACCGGAAGAGAAUACAUGUAUUAGUGACAUGACCUUGAAUCUUGUCCAACCAAAAAAUAUACUUGCCACAUUGAAACAGAAGGAACCCGACAAUGUAUCAAAUAUAAGGCAAGUGUAUAACAUCCAGUACUGCAAUAACAAAGUUAUUAGGGGAGAUAGAAAUGAGAUGCAACAACUAUUAAAAUUGUUGGGUGAUAACAAUUAUGUAUCCAUGUACAGAACUUGCGACAAUAGAGUUACGGUCCGAGAUAUUUUUGGACUCAUCCGGAUUGGAUAA